AUGCCCGUCUCCUUUGCGCGUCUGGCCGGCCCCGCGGCGAAGCGAGCGUGCCUCAACGCCUCCCGACCCCAGCUCCGAUCGGCAAUCCCUUCACGGCCCAUUGCACGCUGCCUGUCGACUACAUUCCCCCGCCGAUACGCUGAAGUCGAGGAGAGCCAGCGGACACGAUUGGUCCCGACCGAUUCCAACUUCGGCGGCGUUGCACCGGCCGAGACGGCCCAGGAAACCCGAGCGGAGGAGGACGAACAUGUAGACACCAGGAAGAUCCGGCAUUACACUGUCAACUUCGGGCCCCAGCAUCCCGCUGCCCACGGUGUGUUGCGCUUGAUUCUGGAGCUGAACGGAGAGGAAAUUGUGCGCGCCGACCCGCACGUUGGCCUGCUGCACAGAGGCACAGAGAAGCUCAUCGAGUACCGGACAUACCUCCAGGCCCUGCCAUACUUUGACCGACUCGAUUAUGUCUCCAUGAUGACCAACGAGCAGUGCUUCUCGCUGGCUGUCGAGAAGCUGCUGAACAUCGAUAUCCCAAUCCGCGCCAAGUACAUCCGUACCCUGUUCGGUGAAAUCACCCGCAUUCUGAACCAUCUCAUGUCGGUCUUGUCCCACGCUAUGGAUGUCGGUGCUCUGACGCCCUUCUUGUGGGGUUUCGAGGAGCGUGAGAAGCUCAUGGAAUUCUACGAACGUGUUUCCGGUGCCCGUCUUCACGCAGCCUACGUCCGCCCCGGUGGUGUGUCUCAGGAUCUCCCCCUCGGUCUUCUCGACGAUAUCUACCAAUGGGCUACCCAAUUCGGUGACCGCAUCGACGAGACUGAGGAGAUGUUGACAGACAACCGUAUCUGGAUUGGCCGCACAAAGGGCGUUGGUGUUGUCUCAGCUGCCGACGCCAUCAACUACUCUUUCUCCGGUGUCAUGCUCCGAGGAUCCGGUGUUCCCUGGGACGUCCGAAAGUCGCAGCCAUACGACGCCUACGACAGGGUUGACUUCGAUGUCCCAGUCGGUGUCAAUGGUGACUGCUACGACCGUUACCUCUGCCGCAUGGAGGAGUUCCGUCAGUCUCUCCGCAUCAUCCACCAGUGCUUGAACGACAUGCCAGCCGGCCCCGUCAAGGUUGAAGACUACAAGAUCGCGCCCCCACCACGCGCUGCCAUGAAGGAGAACAUGGAGGCUCUCAUCCACCACUUCUUGCUCUUCAGCAAGGGUUACACCGUCCCACCUGGCGAGACCUACAGUGCUAUUGAGGCGCCCAAGGGAGAGAUGGGUGUCUUCUUGGUCUCAGAUGGUAGCGAGAGGCCAUACAGGUGUAAGAUUAGGGCACCUGGAUUCGCACACUUGGCCUGCAUGGACCAGAUUUCAAGAGGUCACUUGCUUGCCGAUGCUGUGGCCAUUAUCGGAACAAUGGAUUUGGUGUUUGGUAAGUCCUAUCUCCAAGAAGUGCAUAUGAGGCAUUUACUAACUUCCUCUGCAGGUGAAGUUGAUCGGUAA